CCUCCUUACGAGGCACGCUCUUCUCUCCCCUCCCUCACCUGUUUAGCAAGUCGGCUUAGCUUGCUAGCUAGACUGAGUCUCUAACCAAAAAAAGAGAGAGUUAUUAUUAUGAAUUGAUUGAUUUCUAUAUUAUAUUUGAUAUCUGUUUCUUUAUAGCCCGAAUAACCAGACAGCUUACAAAAUGAACAUAAGAAACGCGAGGCCGGAAGACCUGAUGAACAUGCAGCACUGUAACCUGCUGUGUCUCCCAGAAAACUACCAGAUGAAGUAUUAUUUCUAUCACGGGUUGUCCUGGCCUCAGUUGUCAUACAUCGCGGAGGACGAAAAUGGAAAGAUUGUGGGAUAUGUGCUCGCAAAGAUGGAAGAGGACCCAGAUGAUGUACCUCAUGGACACAUCACAUCUCUGGCUGUGAAGCGCUCCCACAGACGUCUUGGCCUUGCUCAGAAGCUGAUGGACCAGGCCAGUCGGGCCAUGAUAGAAAACUUUAAUGCUAAAUAUGUCUCGCUUCAUGUUCGUAAAAGCAACCGAGCAGCCCUUCACCUGUACUCAAACACACUCAAAUUCCAGAUUAGUGAGGUAGAGCCUAAAUACUAUGCAGACGGGGAGGAUGCCUACGCUAUGAAGAGAGACCUUGCGCACAUGGCUGAUGAGGUCCCACAGCUUAGGAAGCCCGGCAUUCGUGUUUCGGGUCAGGAGGCCCCAUCCAACCAGAGCCCGUCAGGAUCUGGUGACCAGGAGAGAGAGAGCGAGAGAGACAGCGGAGGAGAGAGCAAAGAGCUGAGCGAAGUCAGCGAGGCAACAGAAAGCACAGACGUUAAAGAUUCUUCAUCUGAUUCACAAUGACCCGGCAGUCGUAGACAUUUUUAAUUUCAUCCCUCAUUUCCACUUUUUAUCUGUAUUUGACAAAAUUUCUGCCUUUCCAAACCUUACUACCUGUACAUCACAGCACCCACUUCCAUUAUUAUUUUUUCUUCAGUCUGUUUUUCACUGCAGCGUGGAUCCAAAGUGCUUGGAUGAGGACAUGAUCUGGAUAUUAUCUAAAAGGAACUGAAAUGCAUAACUAGUCUGAAUGUUUUUAUUGGAUUGCUGUUGUGGCCUAAAAUAUUCAGUGAGAUUUUCAGAAUUGAAAACAACAGUUUUCAUGUUCUCAAUCUGGUCUCUUCACAAUUUAACACAAUUAAUGCAAAUAAAUCUUUCAAAUAAU